AUGCCUGCCAGCCCUCCCACUCUGUCCACGAACCAAUUAGACGUAUAUCUCCAGCGCGUUAAAUAUGAUCACAACACCGCUGCUUCGCAAAAUGAUUCUUCCCGCGUCGAGCAUCUUAAAGAUUCCGUGAAGCAGAAUCCACUAGCGGCUCUGACGGACCUACAACGACUCCACCUGGCCUCUAUCCCAUGGGGAAACUCGGCCCUGCAUUACUCGAAGCACCAUUCCAUUUCCGUCGAUCCUACCUGUGUCUUUGAGAAGCUGGUCGUCCGCCGUCGCGAUGGCUAUUGCAUGGAAAAUACCAAUCUCUUUUACACGGUUUUGCGUUCCCUGGGUUAUCAGGUCUAUCCGGCAGGGGGGCGCGUCAGUCGCGCAGUCACUACAGGGAAUUCAGCCGAUGAGGGUUAUAUAUGCCUGAGCCAUAUGGUGCUUAUCGCGACUAUAGCUGGUCAAAGAUAUUUGGUUGAUGUUGGUUUCGGCCGCAACAAUCCUACCAGUCCAUUGCCAUUGCAGGAGAACGUCUCAGCAACAUCAAUCCCGCCGGAGGAGGUUUCCCUGAACAAGGCGCCUCUGGCCGAAUUCGUGGACCAGACACAGAAGGUCUGGGUCUACUGCGCCCGCAGCAACCCCGAAAGCGCGUGGAUUCCGCAAUACUCGUUCACAGAGGCUGAAUUCCUGCCCGCGGAUUUCGCCAUGAUGAGCUAUUUUACGAGUACGAGUCCGGAAAUGCCGUUUACGCAGAAGUUGGCUUUUCGGCGGGUCAUCCUGGAUGAGCAGACUCUUAAACCGGUUGGGCUUUAUAUUCUAGCUGGGAGAGAAGUCAAGAGGGUGCUUCGUGGGGAGACUGAAGUUAUGGAGACGUUCAAGAUGGAAGAAGAUAGAGUCCACGCACUGGCUGAAUACUUUGAUAUGCACUUUGAGAGACAUGAGAUUGAGGGGAUUCGUGGGUUGCCUUCAGAGAUUAAAUAA